AUGCAAGUGUCUCGAAACACAACAGACCUGGGUGGUUACAGUGACAAGUCUUGCACCCACGAGCACGUCGACUUUACAAGCAAGGAAACAGCAACAAUCACAAGCGACAAAACGGCUACUACAACUAUAGCAACCGUCACCACUACAUCGACUGCAGUUCUGAGUACCACUACGACCACAACCAUAAGUUCGACCUCGACAAGCACCAUCUCGGUUACUGUCACUGUGACCGUCACCAUGACCCAGAGCACUACUGCAAUAGCGACUGAGACGACUACUGCUCCGACCACUACGACGUUGACCUCAACUGAAACAGAUAUUACUGUACUCACCACCACAGAGACUGAUACUGACACUGAGACAUCGAUGACAAUCACCACAAUUAGCGAGACUGAUACGGACAGCACAACAGCAACAACAACCGCCACAGUCACUAGUGUUGCUUCUAUAUUACAGAUCAACGGUCCCUCAUGCAACGCACCAGAUUCCUCACUUAAUCCUGGUGUUGGUGGCUGUUCGAAUAAUUGCUACUGCGACAGGCGACCCUACGGGCCGCCUGGCAUCUGCGAUACAUUCAAUCCAGAUCUUGGUUCCACUUGUGGCCCUCCAUGUGCCAUGGACAUUGAUUGUCCGGAUGGAUACGGCUGUUCGAAUGGUGCUUAUGUAGUGGGCGUCUGCGGCGGUGUUGUUUGUGUGCCCUUCACCGGUUGUAGUUCCUCUUUUGUCCCUGCCAAGAAACGUGGGCUCCUGUCCGAGGUCAUUUCGGACAUCUCUCCACGCGACGAUUAG